GCUCCGGGCGCCCGGCAGGGGCCGGACCCGGAGCAGGAGAGGCGCCGCGCGUUUGUGCGUGUGGAAAUCCCCCCCCCCCCCCCCCCCCGCGCCUUCCCCGCCCGGCGGCCGGCCGGGCUGCCAGCAGCGGGGGAGGCAGCUGUGCGGGGAGGGGAGAGAGGGGGCAGGAGGAAGCGAGGGAGAAGGGAGGGCGGAGACGGGGCCAGCCCGAGGAAAUCAAACGGCCCCGACAUGAAUUAGGCAGCGGGCUGCAGAGGGGAGGGCCCCCCUCCUCCUCCCUUCCCGCACGGCGGGAGCAGCGCCGCCCCGCACGGAGCCGCCUGCUCGGGGCACGCUACACGCGCGCGCACGCACACACAGGCAGGCGGGCGGGCGGGCCGGCCGGGGUGGGGGGGGCCCGGCAGAUGAAGAUGGCAAUGUCUGUGAUCCAAGCGUGCCGCAGCCUGGCUCUCUCAACAUGGCUGCUGUCCUUUUGUUUCGUGCAUCUGCUGUGCCUGGACUUCACCGUGGCUGAGAAGGAGGAGUGGUACACGGCCUUCGUCAACAUCACCUACGCCGACCCGGCGGCCGGUAGCGCCGAGCUUCGCAGCGAGAAGAGCGAGUGUGGGCGUUACGGCGAGCAGUCGCCCAAGCAGGACGCCCGCGGGCAGGUGGCCCUCUCCGCCUCGCCCGCCGACCGCUACGCCUGCGACCCCGGCACCCGCUUCAAUGCCCCGGCGCCGGGCAAGAGCUGGGUGGCCCUCAUCCCGCGCGGCAACUGUACUUACAAGGACAAGAUCCGCCACGCUGCUGCCCAGAACGCCUCCGCCGUGGUCAUCUACAAUGUGGGCUCCAGCAAUGCCAACGAGACCAUCACCAUGCCCCAUGCAGGCCUAGAAGAUGUUGUAGCAAUAAUGAUUCCUGAACCCAAAGGAAAAGAGAUAGUAAGCCUCCUGGAGAGGAAUAUUACUGUGAUGAUGUACAUAACCAUCGGGACACGCAAUUUGCAGAAGUAUGUCAGCCGGACCUCUGUGGUGUUCGUCUCCAUCUCCUUCAUUGUGCUGAUGAUCAUCUCGCUGGCGUGGCUGGUCUUCUAUUACAUCCAGAGGUUCCGCUACGCAAAUGCUAGGGACAGAAAUCAGCGCCGGCUUGGAGAUGCUGCAAAGAAAGCAAUCAGCAAGCUGCAAGUCAGAACAAUCAGGAAAGGUGAUAAGGAAACUGAGCCAGACUUUGAUAACUGUGCUGUUUGUAUUGAAGGCUACAAGCCCAAUGAUGUUGUCAGAAUUUUGCCUUGCAGGCAUCUUUUCCACAAAUCCUGUGUAGACCCCUGGCUGCUAGACCAUCGUACCUGCCCGAUGUGUAAAAUGAAUAUUCUAAAAGCUCUAGGGAUUCCGCCAAAUGCAGAUUGCAUGGAUGAUAUACCUCCAGACUUGGAAGCAUCCAUAGGAGGACCGCCAACUAACCAGAUAACGGGAGCCAGCGAUAUAACAGUGAACGAGAGCUCUGUAGCCCUGGAUCCCCCGGUGCGGACUGUGGGAGUACUACAAGUCAUCCAAGACGUAGACUCCUUUCCCCAGAUUGGGGAGGGUAACUUCACAACAAGCAAUGAACAGGAGCCAGCAGUCAGCAGUGAUUCAGAUAUUUCAUUGAUUAUGGCAAUGGAGGUUGGACUGUCCGAUGUGGAGCUUUCCACUGAUCAAGACUGCGAAGAGGUGAAGUCUUGAAAAACAAACAGAGAUCCAACACUAAACUACAGGGGAGGGUCACAGGGAGGGACCGAGUCAGCUUUCUAGGAUUUGGACCAGUCAUGCACAUGCCUCCAGAGCACUGUCACUCCUGCACACUCCAUUCUGAGAUGGUCACGAAAAGCAAUAGCAACAGUUGUGUCUGCCUGGAUGCAGUUUCAUCAUCUACAUCCCUUCAUUUUGUUCACAUGGGAGAUGAACGCUUCCAGUUCACCCACGUGCUUGAGAGCAGUCAUGUAACUCUUCAGUGGCUCAUAAAUACGCAACUGAAAUGACAGCUUGAGUGUUUUCUACACUUGUUCCAUCGGGUUUUGUUUUUGGUUUUUUUUGAGAAGACGUAUGUUUGUUAUGUUUGUUUGUUUAUAGUUUGUUAUGGAUGGGCACUCUGUUUUUCUUGACUGACCCCAUCUUUUUCAAGAGCUCAAUCCAGAAAUCUGAAUUCCCGUUCACUGGUCACUUCAUGAUCUGACUCCAGGAUUUAUCAUUGCCGUGUUAUUUCUGCAUGAAGUACACAUGGCUUCAGAAGGAUGGUGCACCGGCACCCUGCAUUAAUGUGAAGCCUGCUUUCAUUAAGUUGGAGCCUUGGAAAUGGUAUAUUCUGAAGGCCUUUAUUUGUAAGAGAGCUCUGAAUUAACAGUGAUUGCUGAGAUUUGAGUUAAAACUGCAUUAUGUUGGGGCUUUUGCAUAGAGCUCUGUUCUACGCAAGAAUCGUACAGUGUGAAGGAGAGAAAGAAAAGCUUAAAGCUUCACUCCAUCCUUGUAGUCCUUUUCUAUAUGUUAUGCUAUUAGCAAUUGUCAGUACAUUAAUAGCCUUCCUUCAAGUCACAAUGCAGUAGCUGGAAAAGAAGAUCUCAUAUAACAUCAUGUCUUUUCUUAAUUUUACAGACCAAAAUCUGACCGGUAGGCUAAAGGAGUGUCUGAGAGGUUUCCAGAGGCUGCUUGUUAAGAGCUGUGCAUUACACGGAUGACAAGAAUAUUCUCAGAAAGGGUCUGGAGAUGCUGAUACCAGUGUCAGAAAUUGCUAAUGAAGCAGGAGGCAGCUGGUUGAAAUGUUUACUUCGUGGUUUGUUUGGGGUUUGGUUUUUUUCUUAGUGCUUUUCACUUCUUAUGUUUGACAGCAGUUUUUGCCUCCUCGUUAUGGAACACAAGAGUUCAGGUGGUUCCUUGCCCUCCAGAGUCCCAGUCAACAUUGUCGCAAGCAUAAUGGAAUACUUGCAAUUUGUAUAUAGCUAUAUAUACCAAAAUAUUUUGCGUAGAGGGGAGGGAAUUUGAAAAUGAAGAGAACUAACAUAAAUCAAAACACCUAAAUAAUAAUGACCUGUGAUGAUUAUUUAGUUCAUCCUGAGCUCUGCUUUCCAGGGAGAAGCUUAUUGUUACUCGUUCAGUGUACGAUUUCAUUUUUCAGUCAAAAUACUCAACUGUGAAGAAGCAUUUUUAGCUUACUGUUAUACAAGAGUAAAUGGUUUCUGUUGACAGUCAGAUGAUCUGAAUCACAUUACUGCCUCCUGAGUAAGUCCAUAGAAUCAACAAUUCAUCUUGCAUCGAAGUUUCAUGGAGAGGUCAAGCAUUUUGACUUGAUGGUGUCAUGGCAGCAUGUCAAAAAUUAGGGUUCUUGCUGCUUUUAAUCUCCUUGUGGAUUUACCCAUUAGAUCUGGAAACCAACUUCCAGCCAAAAUUCAGUAUUGUCAGAUACUACUCAGGAACAAAUGUGUUUAGAACUAUCCCUAAAAUUUUGGCCAACUUGCUUCUUUAGUAGAGGAAGAAGGAAAACAAUUAUACUCCAUGCUUUUCAGUCCAGUUAGAACUCAGUUCAUCUUAUAGUUUUCUUUUUUUUUAAUGUUCUUAGUCCCUAAAUUGCAGGGUAACUUUGAGGCAAAGGAGCACAGCCUAAUCAUCGUUCAAACCAUGAUCCGGAAAUGUGCUGUUACAUUUUUAUAAGCCAUUUGAAAGGACAUCUCUUUUUAAUUAAAGAGAUACAGGCAGCUGGAAAUCUGCUUGGUUUAAAAACAAAGUUAAAGAUCGCUCCAGAGGGCACAGCUAGGUCAGUCGUGCCAAUAUUUGUGGUUCUCUAAUCGUAUUUGCCUCAUUCUUUAAUGUCUUCUCUAUUCCUUGCUGCUAUGGGAAAGGCCCAUAGCGUCAGGGGAACCGAUGCUGAAAUUCACCCCUACACAAGAGAGUUUGCACAAGGUACUGCAUCAGCUCCACUUACGCUCUGGAAAUACUGCUGAAAUGGGAUGUAAGUGGUGCUUACACCAAAUACUGGCCCUUCACACAGGAAUGAAAUUAUUCUCAAAUGACUGCAGGGGAGAGAGUGAAGCUGGUUAUACACAGUCAGGUCCUCCCAUGGAAAGUACGCACAGUGGUACAAUUUCUUCUCUAGCACUGGAGCCUGGGUGCUACAUGUCACAGGCACAUCACAAACACGAUGUCAGAGUUGUCAGCCAUCCUUUAACAUCUGCCCACUGCAGCACAGUGCACAGACAAAAAACUCCUUGGGUUUCAGAGGAGCUGUCGCAAAGUCUCUGUUUUAUUUUGCAAACUUAAUUAGGUUAAUCUCAAAUGACAGACUGACCAAUUAUCUGUUGCCGUAGCGGAGUCACCCACAGCAGAGCAGAGCAAGCAAUGGCUGUGGAGAAGCAAGGCAGGAGGUGAAACUCCCAGCUGACACUGACCUGGGUCCUUUGCCCAGCAAAAUCAUUCAAGGGAGCUGUGCUCAAAGGGGCAUCACAUGGAUGGUAACUGAGACUCUGCCCAUAUUUUUCAGAGUUAGUGAAGGAAUUUGGAGAGGGAUCGCGCUGUGUGCUCUUUUCCUAAGUAUCGCCUACUAGAUGUGAUCCCUCGGGGUCCACAGGAGGCCACUGGCAGGGGCAGGGUGCUAGGCUGGGUGAGAUGUUUUUACAUAUCACCAUACUGUCGUCUUUCAAAAGGGGCGUCCUCGCAAAUCUGGGUCAGGAGUCUUUCCGCUUUUGUUUUCCCAGUUCUGCGUGCAGUUUUGCUCAGGAAAGAUGUUUUUCCAUCCCUGUCCACAGGUGUUCCUUAGCUCUGAGUACUGUUAAGUGAUAAUGAGCGCAAAGCCAGGUUAUACAUGACUGAAGCCAGGAAAGCACUUAAGUAAAUGUUUUAUUCCAUCCUUCUUCAGAAAAGCACUUACAACUAGUUUUGGACUUGCACCAAAAUCACAUUAUUUUCAAGAGGUAAUAUAAGCAUAAUUAAGUCUCUGUGUCAAAUGGAAAUGUUUUCCUACAGCAGGACCUGGCUGACUAUUCUUUGUAUCUAUAACCUGUGAAAUGCCUUGGGAAUUUGAGGUGCUUCAUAAAUAUUAAGACCCCCAGAUGUAUGUUUGUAACAUGUAUGAAAGCCUUAAUUCUGCAGAUCUGCAGGCCCAUGCACGUUUUUGCUUACGUGAGUCUCUCCACUGAGAUACCUCACAGGGUAAAAUUAAACCUCCCAAUUCACAGCUUUGGGCAAGAUUAGUCCCAUCCUGAGCAUUGCGUGAGUCCUCGGUACUGCUGCUCGCUAAGCUUGAGCUCCGGCAUUAAAUAUGUGGGAUUCGGAUGCUGGGGACACAGCGUUGCCUGUUCAGAGGGGAAAGCAGCCUUUAGCACGCAGCCAGGAAAACACAAAAUCCUCUGGUGCCCUCUGAUGAACAACUGCUCGUGCUGUACAUAAUUCUGCAGGCUCACGCCGUCAGUGCCCGCCAGCGGCGGGAUUGAGGGGCACCUCCUGCAUGGGGCCAGUGGCCAGAGGACCCUGCAGGUCUUGGCUUUAAGCUGAUGUUGUGUAUCUCCAAGCUCUUCUGUCCUGUCAUCUGAGGCUCUUCUCUUUUCUGUGAGUGAGUAAGAGGUGGGAGAAGGAUUCACUUUUCGCGAGGCUCAUCUGCACUCAGGCUGGCUUGCGGGAUGAAGCUUGGACAAAUGGAAACUGUGCUCUGAGUAUCCUUUGAUUUUUCAUGGCUUUCACUGAACUGCCUUCCCAAAGGUCUGGUCAAUGGGUAGGACACGUAAAAAGUUGUACGGGCAGAGUUUUGCACUCACAAGCGACCUAAUGUGUGCAUGCAGACGUGCAAGGCACCAGCUCUGCAUCCCUUCCCCACGGCUGACCCAUUCUGGUGGGGAUACAGAUCUGGUACUUGCUGAGGGUGUGGGGGUUUUUUAUUUUCUGACUGCUUUAGAGCCUCAAAACCAGGAUCAGGGCAAUCAUAGCACUGCAGUUCAUUCUUUAAGCAUUCUAUAGAAUUAAAUUACCAUGUAUGCAUAUAAAAAUACAUUGAUAUGACUAUGGAAACUGUAUUGUAGUGAAAACAGAAGCAGCUGCCAUUUUUAGACUUUUUAUAUGAGGGAUACCGUGGCACUAAAGAAAAAGGCGAUUUGGAAAAAAAAAAAAAUGAAAUCACAUAUGAUAAGUCCCUCGGACCUCAUUACUUUAAUGACCACUGGAUCAGAUCCAGAGGAAGUCAUUGCAAGAAGGGCGGUACUUUGUCUCUUGUUGAAUGACUCGUUUGGGAUACAUUCUUAUCUUGUUAACAAAAUGAACCCAAGCACCAGAGAUGGAUCCAGCUCGGAGUUUAAUCUUUCUCAAAGACUGUGCAUUUUGUGAUCCAAAGUUUUUCUCGGCAAACCUGUUAACCCACCCUCUUUUCCCCCUUGCUAAAUGAAAAGAAAUGCUUGUCCAAUUUGAAAAAUGUCUAGCUCAGAUGACCUUUGCCUAUGGACCGGUAGCCCUGGCAGGUAUCUGCAGAUCACGUAACACCUCUAUGUGCUUUUAGUCAUCAGUACAACACAGAUUUUCCAUAAAUUGUGUUUUACUUGCCAUUCUUGUUAAACCUGCAAUGCAGUUGUCAUAUAGAUUUUCCAGAGUUUUGCCUUACAAACUUUUCCUUUGACUAUAUGCCACAGCCCUUUGAGCAGAUUCUGUGGUUAAAAGGCAAAGACUGGGGCACAAGUCUUUCUAUAGAAAUCUCUGGACUGCAAGGCCUCGUUGUGACAAUUGGUCCGUACUGAAAUGACGAUAGAGGUUGUGCGUAACAGCGGGAAAUGCCUUUCAGCCCAGGCAGCUGGGAAUCUCCCAGGCUUUGUUUAUAAGAGGCUCGUUCCUUCGUAGUCUCUGUCUGUAGAAAAGCUCACGAUGAAGCACACAGUUUGAAAUAAGCCAGGAUAGGAAUUUAUAGGCUUUGCAAGCCAAGAAAACCAAUAGUUGUUUAUUAAUUUCUAUUUGUUAGCAAUAAUGGACUUUUUUUAACCAUUUGUUGUUUUUGUAGAUCCCUGUUGUGGGGCCAAAGUUACCAGUCUGCUAGGAACAGGGGCCAGGAUGAGCUGACUCUCUAAACAGCAGAGGGAGAGCUUGGUUUGCUGUUGGGACACAUCCAUUUAGAAAUCCAGCCUGUUCCUUCCCAGCCUCUCUCGCAAAUGUUUGCUAGUCUGAGCCUUCGUUGCAGGGGGAGGAGGUCGGGGGCUCAAACGAACGCUGCGCUCCUUCCUCUCUGGCAUUUUGUGCUGCCUGUAUCUCCUGCAGCAGGUUGGACUGCUCUGGCUCAGCACGGGGGAAAGGAGCCAGCCUAAGUUCAGCUUAAGGGCUUAAUGAAAGAUAGGCCCAGGGGUUUCGGCAGAUUCAGGGCAGCCGAGCUUCUUCCUAACUAGUGCUGACCAAGGUUGCUGCUUCAUUGAGGAACGCUGAGCAUUGACUCAUUUGUUUUACAGCCGCAAAAAGCGUGAGCGUACACGGGGCAACCAGCGUGACAGAAAUGAAUCGUCUUGGUUAACGCAAGAGGUGAAAAACGAUGCCGUGAAAUAUUUUAGGGGCGAGGGAAAAGGAGGGUGGAGGUGGUGUUUUAGCAGACUUUUUAAAUAGGGACAAUUGAUCCAACACAAGCACUUCUUUUAUUUGUACCAAGCUGUUACCUGAACUAAUUGAUAGUUUCGCAGUUGAAAGAGGAACGCCAGAUGGACUUUUUAGUCUGGAUUUGUUUGCGUAGCAGAUGGCAGCUGUGGGCUGGGGUGGCGAGCGAGGGAGAAGGCUGCCCUCUGCUGCGGAGCUUCCCCCACCAGGCUGGAAACCCUUUCUCUGCUUUGGCACUUCUUUUUCAUGGAAAAAAAAAAACCAAACCAAAAAAAACCAACUUUCUGAGCAGGAGAUAUAUUUCAAAGGGAGAAAUAGAGAAGAAAGAUGAAUGAAAGAUGUUGUGGAUUUUGAAUGAAGAGCCAACGGAUGAAUUUUCCAUCUGAAAUUAAUCCUGUCUCUCUCAACUACUUUAAUUGUGAAUCAGUUGAAGUUAUUUCUUUCUGGAAUGAAUGCAAAAAAGAAAAAAAGGAGAAGAAAAAGAGAAAUAGCAUUUUCCCUUUCUUGUUUAUUUCUUGAAUCUUCAGUCCUGUGUAGCAUUAAAAACGAUAGCAAGAUCAAGAUGCUUGUUUGCUCUGAAUGUAUACAGUUAUUUCAGAAGUCAAAUAUCUAAAUGUUUUGUAUGUGUACAUAAUACCAUCCUUACUUCUUGUUUCAUGCUAGGAACCUGAAAUGACUGUACCAUUUUAUAAUUAGAAAUGUAAAGAGGGGACAGUGGGUGGGAGGGUCUGUUAUUUUUAUAGCAAGAUGUUCCUUGUAUUUAGUGAACAUUUAAAAUGUUUUUGUACGUGUCAAAAUAUACAUUCCAUCCAUUUCUAGAAGAGAAUUAUUUUUAUUUAGAGUAGUUUAUAAGCAAACAAAAAAAAAUGUGGCGUCCCAUUUGUACGCAGUUCAUGAACAGAGCAGAAGUAUCCUGGUUUUCAGUGAUGGCUCCAAAGCUUUUUCCAGCCACGUCUCUUCUCACACGCUGCAGAGCCACACCAGCAAAUGCCGAUGUUAAAAAGGAAAGCAAAAUCCUGAACGAAAUAAAUACCGUAUGGAUCAGUGCACAGCUUCCCGAAAUAACUUCCAGUUCGGAGACAAUGGUCUGUCCCAGUGAAAUUCUCCAAGGUAAUCAGCCCUGCUUGGGACAGCAGGAGUGGGUUUACCGGGAGGCCGCCAGCCCUGCCCUGCGCGGCGGGGUGCCAGCCCUAGCAGCCUGGGGGUGACGGGGUUCUCGCACCCACACGCUGCGUCCCUGCUUGGACGGCUCCCUCAGGACGGGAGCCUAGUUUUGACUGAAGUUGUUUUGCUGGUAAGGCAAAGGUUUCUGCAGGCUGACCACGUCGUGUUUCUUUUGACUGUGGAAACGACCCUUCGUCUCCACAUUUUAAAAAAAAAAAAAAAAAAAUUUCCUUUCUCCAGACCGCUGCGCUUUGGUUUGUGAAACACCUAGCGAAAGACCAUGGCAGAAUCACACAGUGGCAUUUGCAUAGGCAGUUUUUUUUCUUGUAGUUAGCUUUUUUCCUUCCCCCCCGGCUACCUGUGACUUGCUGCCAAAACAGUGCAGUAGCAGUUUGUGAAGCGAGCCUUUUUUUCUAGCAUUACUUUCUGUACAGUAUUGCAAAUAUACUUUAACUCUUUGCUGAUAUUUUAUAACCUAUACAUCUUCCCCUCCAAUGCACUUUAUCUCUCUUGAAAAAUGUGGAAGUCGGAGAACUACCAUCUUAAAGGGAUUUGCCUGAAAUCACGAGGCACACACUUUUUUUUUUUUUUCCUUCUUGCUUUGUUAUAUACUGUAAAUGCUAAAGAGCAUGGACAGUGACUCAGCUGGGGGAAGUACUGAAAUGUUGAGGCUAAUAUUUGGAAGCAUUAUUCUGUAGUACAACACGGCUAUUUUUGUUAUAUAGAGGAUUAUAAUGUAAAUAUGUGAGACUGUGUUAUUAUGUACUAGUAAAAUAUUGCAACUCUCAAAGUUAAGAUGGUGAAUUCCAAGGAAUUUUAUUGCAAGUUUUUUAAUAAAACGAAUCUGAUUA